AUAAGUACCGCUGGCUCACGCCUCUCAACAUCACUCAACCAGUCAUUCAUUGCAUUUGCUUCUUCUUGUUCAUUCGCUUCUUUUGUCACUCAUUAUAUUCACCAACAUCAACAUGGUUGCCAUCAAAGCUUCUCUCCUGCUUGGCGCUGGCGCGCUUGUGUCUGCUGUUCCUACGGGCCUGGAUGCUCGUGCCAGCUGCACAUUCUCGGACGCUGCCUCCGCCAUUAAGGGCAAGAGCUCUUGCACUACCAUCGUUCUGAACAACGUCGCUGUUCCUGCUGGUACCACCCUUGAUCUUACCAAGCUCCAGGACGGGACCACUGUCACCUUCCAGGGUACCACCAGCUUCGGCUACAAGGAGUGGGAAGGCCCUCUUAUCUCGGUCUCCGGUACCAAGGUCACCAUCAAGGGUGCCUCCGGCCACGUCAUCGACGCCAACGGUGCUAAGUGGUGGGAUGGCAAGGGUAGCAACGGCGGCAAAACGAAGCCGAAGUUCUUCUAUGCUCACUCCAUGAAGCAGUCCACCAUUUCCAACUUGAACAUCAAGAAUACCCCUGUCCAGGGUUUCUCUAUCGACGGCGCCACUGGCCUCACUCUUGACCACAUCACCAUUGACAACUCCGCCGGCGAUGUCACUAACGGUGGUCACAACACUGACGCUUUCGACAUCGGCAGCUCCACCGGCAUCACCAUCUCCAACGCCAACAUCAAGAACCAGGACGACUGCCUUGCCAUCAAUUCUGGUACCGACAUCCACUUCGUCGGUGGUACCUGCUCUGGUGGUCACGGUCUGUCCAUUGGCUCUGUCGGUGGGCGCUCAGACAACACCGUCAAGGGCGUAGUCAUUGAGAACUCUAGCAUUAUCAACUCUGACAACGGUGUACGCAUCAAGACCAUCUCUGGCGCCACUGGUUCCGUCUCCAACGUUACCUACAAAGACAUCACCCUCUCCAACAUUGCCAGAUACGGUAUCGUCAUCCAGCAGGAUUACCAGAACGGCUCCCCCACCGGCAAGCCCACCACCGGUGUCCCCAUCACCGACCUCAAGGUCUCCGGCGUUACUGGUUCGAUGGCCUCCAAGGGUGUUGAGACCUACAUCCUCUGCGGUAAGGGCUCUUGCUCGAACUGGAAGUGGUCUGGCAACAGCAUCACUAGCGGAACCAAGAGCACUGCGUGCUCCAACAUCCCCAGCGGCUCCGGCGCUGCUUGCUAAGCAUCUCACCCACACCAUCAUCGCUUCCUUGAGCUGGACUAUCGGAGCAAACCCGUUUUGAUGGUUUAAGUCAAUAACUUCUCCGUCUAUACUUUUAUAUCUUUCGUAUAUACUUCUCCAGAAUGCCAUGUGCCUUCGAAUUACAUCACUGAAUUCG